UGACAUCAGCACGAUGUAACCACACCCAUAGCAUGGCUGUGGUCACUUGCCUGACGAGACGUCGACCCAAGACGGAAGACUUCUUGUCUUUCCUCUGUUUGAGAGGUUCAGCAGCGUUGCCUAACAACAUGGCCUUCUUAGCAAGUGGACGAGAGAAGGAGUUAGCUGACACCAGGCAUCUUACCUCCGGUCUUUCAAAAAAUCACAGGACUGCAAUAGUGGAGAAGAACAUGAGCGUAUUCAAUAGAAAACCAGUACAAAGGUCUAGGUCUGUGAGGGAGGGGUCUGGAGGCUCUGUCUCUGCAGCGGUCAGCUCUUUCUGCCCGCUAACUGCCCGAGCACAGAGGAGGAGGGACAGAGAGAGGAGAGAGGAGGAACAGCAGAGGAGGAGGAGAGAGGGGAUAGAGGAGGACAGGAGAGAGGGAGCUAAGAGACACCUCCUGAGACCUCGUCAGCUCUCCCUGCAGGUCAGGAGGACUAACAAGGUUGCUGUGGUAACCGGGCUCUCCAAACAUAGAACUUCUUGUGUCAGGUCGGUCCCUCCCUUAAAGCCAAGCACAGAUGCUGGCAGCAGACGUUCCCCAGGGCCCUGCACAACACCUAGCAAUACCUGUAAACCAAGAGGUCACCCCCAAAGCAGACCCCAGGACACCAACAUCAAACACCUCUCGCAGCACAGUAACCACCAGCUGCCUCGCAAUCAGCUCCUUUCUCUCAACCGCCAAACAAUCUCAAACUAUUAUAGCAACCCCAAGACCUUGAGUAGUCUUCAGAACUCAGGAAGAAAUUCAUGCAGGACUCCAUCUCACAUACCAUUAACUAAUGGCUCAGUUAUCAGACAGCUAAAUGAGAACCCUGGGGUUCUAAGGUUGUCCAGAAGGAGGAGAGGCCUCCCACCGGACACCAGCUCUAACCCUCUGAAUCAAUUUCCUUUUGACAAAAACUCUUCAAAGAAGUGCAGGACACUGCAGUGCAAUGACGUUGAUGUCCUAUUGGAAAGUGACUGUCCUGUUGGUGAGACCCCACAGAAGAAGGCUAAAUGUGAAAAAGAUGUUCGAGAGGAGUGUGUGAACCAUAUGGAUAAAGCCAGCAGUAGCCAUGAUGAAGAACUUGAACCAGACAGAUGUGGUGAUAGUGGAGAGAUAAGUCUAGCAAGGUGCAGUUGUGUUUCUGAAGACAUACAAGAAAAGAUAAAUGUUGCAAAGUUAAGUUUGGCAACCGUAACUGCUCUGGAGCCCUACCAGGACAGGGUCGACGAUACCAAUGACAUCACUAACUAUGACCUCAGCCCUGUCUGUGAGGCCAUAUGCAUACAUGUGAGAGAUAAAAGGCUCCAGAGAAAUCAGUCAGCUUCAUCCACAAAUACCAGGACUACUGUUGCUAGGAGUGUUGCCAGAGCUGCUACUGUUAGAACCACUGUUCCUAAAGCUGCUAUUAACUCAGUGACAUCUACAUACAUACACAGUAACCCACCAGCCAGUCAUUCUGCCAAACAUACUGCUAAGGGCAUUAAAAAAGGUACUAGCAAGGACAUUACCAAAUGUACCUCACCAGCCAGCAGCUACUAUAUCCAUAAUUCCAGAGGUUCUGCAAAGGCCUCUUCAAAGGCCUCUUCAAAGGCUACCGUUGAGGACUCAACAAAGGACAAUAGCUAUUUGAGUAUUCCCAAGGGCUCUACAAAGCGUCCUACCCAGACCAAGUCUACUACCUCAGCCAUUAAGACCAGGACCAGCCCUAGAAUCCUCCUGAAGAGCUAAUAAACAUCUGAGCCAUGUCUGAAAACAUGCACAGAUUCAUGUUGAAGACAAUUUGUGAAAUAUUUAGAACAAAAUUGGAUACUGUUCAUAAUGGGCAAUGCAUGAUGAUGGUGGGUGGCCCUUGGGUAGUGAUGUAGUGACUAUGGCUUGUUUUCAACAAUUAUUGUGGGAUAUUGUAAUUCUAUAUAAGUAAAGUAAAAUGAAUAACUGGAAGACAGCAACAUAGUGGCAGACAGGCUAUUAAGUGGAUAUGGUGAAAAGUCACUGAUUUCAGAUGCUUCCCUGCUGCAUCUUGAUUUUAGUACCUAAGAAUCAACCUACCUACCUAAUCUGUUCCAGGUUGUCUAGAUUGUUGACAUAAAAGUCCCAAGGAUUUCUCAUGUAAAAUCCUCACCAGAAGUUAGUGGCAUGUACGCACAUUAGAAGCAUCCAUACUUCCUGUCCACACACACUUCCUAUCCUGUCCUCUGUGACUGCAGUCAGAACCAGUUGUCUCUGUGACACCAGCUGCACAGUGCCAGCCAACCAUUGUUACCAGGCUGUG